AGCCUCAGGGAUUUGUCACAACACCCUGAACUUUUAGCCGGAGCAAUCAGUCCAUCCUGUUCAGGAACACUUAGUGGAUUAUCCAUAUCUUCAGAACAUAAGAGUUUCCCCCUCAUUGCUACCACAGGACCCAUGUGGGUGGUGGAGAAGAUUCGUGUGUCAGUGGAGAGAUCGAACCUGCCCAUCCCAUCAGCCGAACUCAGCUUUAAAAUUGGUGAUAUCAUGUUUGGAGAAAGAGUUGACAAACCCAAAAGGAUUUCUCUCUGUCCUAAUGUCAUCACCCCUGACAACAUCCCAGAGUUCUGCAUCCCCCCAACAAUCCCAUCCCUGCAUGAGAUGAAGAACACGGAGCAGGGCCGAGCCGCUCGCCUUCCGAAGGUGUCUGCCUGUGAGAGGGCUAGCCCUGACAUAGAGGUGACACCUCAUGAGCUUCUCAACACACACAUCAUCCAAGUGGAGAGUGUGGAUGAGAGCCCCUACGAUGGCUGCAGUGACGAGGAGACCACCAAUGCGGAUCCCCAGAGUCAGGCAGCCUUGUCCCUUCCACACCUGGCCAAAACCCAGACCUGCUACGGGUUUUGCACCUUACUGGAGAGCCCCCAUACCAGAAGGAAGGAGUCGCUCUUCCACUCUGAUCCUGGCUCCUCUCCACUGCUGCUGCCCAGGAGCCGUUCCAGCGUGUGCUCCAAAGCCUCCCCCUCCACCUCCCCUUCCUCCUCCCCUUCCUCUUUCAGUCUUAACACCCUGACGUCAAGGCUUUCACCGAGAUGCUACACACUGAACUGGCACACCACUCUGGACAGCGAUACGACUUCCUCUACUGAAUCCUCUCCUUUCAGCUCGCCACUGCUGACCAGGUGCCCUGCCAAGUCUUCCCUCUUCAAAGCACUGAGUCAUGAACUGCUGUUGUCACGGAACAUGAGGAAGGCGAUGGUGUCCAGGAACAAUUCCCUAUCCACAGAUGAAGGCAGCUCCACAGACAACAGCCCCAAUGUCAUGAGGAGGGCAUCAGAGGGGUUAGCUGAAGGCCUGCCCAGCAACUGCAGCCUGGCGCCGCCCACCAUUUUUCCCAUGGACUUGACUCUGCACCGAGAGAGGGUAAUGAAGGAAAGAAUAGUACCCAUAGGGAAAGAUGGCAGCCUGAGACUCUCAGCAGAGUACUGUCUGGAUAACCAAAGACUACGGGUUCGACUGAUCAGUGCUGAGGGCCUAUAUCCUCUCUCUGUAGAUCCCAAGAUUAUCAACUGCAGCAUCAGCCUCUCUCUGGUUCCUGGAAAAGUCCAGAAGCAACGCAGUACAGUCAUCAGAAAGAGCCGUAAUCCCAUCUUCAAUGAGGAUUUCUUCUUUGAUGGUAUCUCAGAGGAAGACCUCAGCCAGCGGUCCCUUCGCUUUAAAGUGGUGAACAAAAUGUCCACCCUGAAAAGAGACUAUCUCCUCGGAGAUUGUGAUUUGCCUCUUUCUAGCAUUGUGCCAUUAUAA